UAGAGACCGACCUGACCUACCUAGGCAUCUACUUGCCUACCUAUCUUACCUACCUAGAUAAGGCACGUAGGUGCCCAGGCAUCUCUGAUUUGGUCAUCCGUCUCUCAACCAAGAACCCGUUGGGGCCCGGAUUCCAUUCUUUCAUCAAAAUCCAUCAACCAGAGGCUCUGGUUGCAUCCCUUUUUCUUGCCUCUCUCCCCAUUCCCAUUUCCCAUCCCCGGCCGUAACGUAAACCCGGAUCAGGCGACGCUUCCAUCGACCGUUUCCGCGUCACCUUUGCCUCGCCGCAUCGGGAGCUACCUACUUGACUAUUCGUCGCCGCCCACAGCUACGCUUCGACACUUCAUCGCCAGCAAACAUCGCAGUUUUCCUUGGUCCGACUGUCCAGGUAUCCUCUUUAAACUAGGCUAGGAGGACGCGAGGAAAGAAGAGGAAUUUCGGACCGAGUCCCAUAUUCGAAGUCCAUCUUUCUAGCUUCUCAUCUCGACAAACGUCCCCUUGUCCCAUGCAGCGGCCACAGAGCAACGACGAAGACAACAUGGCAGUAGGCCAGGGCCCCGCCAAACUCGACCUCGACGACUGGGAGGAGGUCACUGAUAACUUCUCUGUCAUGUCGCUGUCGUCAUCCGACGACGAAGAAGACGUCGCUCCUACCGCAUCGUCCUCGACGGCGCCAUGCGGCGCUCCUCCCAGCUACACCAAGACCGGAGCGAACAAGAUACCUAGUAGCCUUCCCCGGCCCGACCGAACACAAUCCGCAUCGUCAGAGGUCGUAGGCGAAACCUGUACCCCGCGUGAUGAAGCCCGGUCAUCCACUUCGGUCGGCACUGGACAGGCCCCUGACCGUGUAUACAAGCCCUUGGCUCGUCCUCAUACCAUGGUAAACGGCUAUGUCCUUCCAACCGAAAAGAUUGCGAAGGCUGUCAGCGCAAGCCAAGAGGCAUCCACAAACGCUGGAGGGUCUCGUGAGUACACCACUGCUGCCGCUGUAAGCCCUCAAGAAUGCAAUUCAAAGCGUCUCGAAUGGUUCGGAAGACCCUUGCGACACCAAUCCUCUUCACUCCCUGUGCCCCCUAUUCCAAAUGAAGGGAUCCGGGACAGCUGCGAGUCCGCAUACGAUGUCGAAGCCGAGGAGGACAUGUUUUGGAUGCGUCGUCGCCUAACCAGGGCCCGCAGUUUCCAGGAUGAUGAAGACUCGUUGAGCAAACCUGAGGGCACGCUGGGGGAGACUCUCGAUCUAGACGACUCCUCGAUGGAUCCUGUCUUCAUCAGCCAGGCACUCGAGUCAAUGGACGAAUACAUCACGGAUACUCUCAAGCUCACCGACACGCUGCUUGCUGGCCUCAAUAAGUGUCUUGGUAUCACCAGCAGCUGCCACGCCCUGUUGGCGCAGAUCACCGAGCUCCGCCCCAUCCUUGCCGAGUAUGCAGCCCAGUGGGAGAAACCUCUUGGGGCGAAAGACAUACCGCUCGACCCUAGCCUGUCUUUGUGGUUGUCGUCCCUGCGGACCAUCUUCAGGAAGUUGCGGAGGCAGAGCAAACUUUGGCGAGCCCUUGCCAACACUGAGAAGGGCAAGAAGGUCCGAUCAGCAUUGGUCAAGUUGGACGAUGCGCUGGACAAGCACAUGAAGCAGAUGAACGACUUCUUGCCUAUAAUUCAGGUCGACUUCAGCGACUAUCGGACCCAGAACAUGCCUUUCCCAACCGAGGAUAUGGACGAGGCACACAGGUCCCCUAAGCUUUCAGGCAACAUUCCACCUCGGCCCACUGACCGCCUCUCCCAAGUUCGGAAUGCCAUGUACCGGUUGAAGGACCAGCUGCAGAAGACGGUGGAGGUUCUGGCAAUCAGCCAGAACUUCCUCCCCGCGGCUGCGUCGGGGAGCGCUUCCGAUACUGUGCGACGCUUGGGGUCUACCUUCAAUGCCGUGUCUCUCGCCCUGACUAACAACGGCUCCGAGUGGCUUGAAAGCGACCUCGGCCGCGCCCAAAUCGGGCUGCUCUCCCACGCCGAGUUCAGCAAUCUGGACCCCAAGACUCUCGACGGAUUCAGGGUACGUCUCCUGCAGAUCUGCAACUUGGUAUCCAAUCCUACGGACCAUUGUCAGUGGAGCGACGAGAUGGUGCGCGACCACUACGUGUACAUGCUUGUCGAGCAGCAGCAGCUCGACGCUCUGGCCAGUAUUGCCUCCGUCUUGGAGGAGCUGAUGAUGCCUAAGCAUCUGAAGACCAGGACGGAAUUCGACGACUUCAUGAAGGACAUGUAGCCCUCCAAAGAGGAAUAGAUGACAGGAGACAACAGAACUGGCGUGCGAAAAACGAAGAGGGAAUAAAGGAGCGUGGAACCCGGAACGCCACAGGAAAUGGUUUGGGAAAUUGUCAGCUAGCGUUAUGUGCGGCGGCGACGUCUGGUUCGCACGUCUCGACACUUUGCCUUUCGUGUAAUGAUAUCCGAGCGAUAGUGCUUUUUUUUAGUUUGCAAAUUUGGUUCCGCCAUCAACUAGGCAUCUUGGGAUUGACC